AUAACAUGGAGGAAGAGGAGGAGCUGCAGUCUUGAAUUCCCUGGCUGUGCUGUCAAGAAGAGAGGAGAUGGUGAUUUUUAAUGUGACACCCGUGCAACUUCUGGAGUUAUGGCACUCCCUUGAGUGAGCUCUCCUGGUCUUCCUCUCUGGUGGUGGUGGCCGUUUCCUUCUCAGGACUCUUCACCUUCAUCUUCCUCAUGUUGGCCUGUCUGUGCUGCAAGAAAGGGGGCAUUGGCUUCAAGAGCUGGAGAAGCGAAUCCCGGGAGAAGAGGCUGAGGAUGGUUUUGAGGUGUCUGCCCUGCACGGGGGCCAGCACAGUGCCCAAAACAGCCUGUAAUGUAGAACUGGGGAACCCUGGGCAGCCCUCCCCCUGCCCCCUGACCAAGGAAUUCAGUAAUGCUGACGGGGAGGAAUAUCCUAGUGAAUUCUCAGCUCAAGGCUCACCAGCCACCCAGAAUGGCCCUGAAGUUUAUAUUCUGCCUCUCACCGAAGUAUCUUUGCCAAUGUCUAGGCAACCUGGGCGCUCAGUGCAGUUGCUCAAGUCCACUGACCUGGGACGUCACAGCCUGCUAUACCUCAAAGAAAUUGGCCAUGGAUGGUUUGGCAAGGUGUUCCUUGGUGAGGUAAAUGCAGGGUUGAGCAGUACUCAGGUGGUGGUGAAGGAGCUUAAGGCCAGUGCCAGCGUGCAGGAUCAAAUGCAGUUCUUGGAAGAGGCACAACCUUACAGGGCACUCCAGCAUACCAAUCUCCUGCAGUGCUUGGCUCAGUGUGCGGAGGUGACCCCCUAUCUGCUGGUGAUGGAAUUUUGCCCAUUGGGUGACCUGAAGGGCUACCUACGAAGCUGCCAUGCCGCAGAAGCUCUGGCACCAGAUCCCUUGACAUUGCAACGCAUGGCCUGCGAGGUAUCUUGUGGCUUGAUGCAUCUUCAUCGCAACAACUACGUCCAUAGUGACUUGGCCUUGCGGAACUGCUUACUCACAGCUGACCUUACUGUCAAAAUUGGUGACUAUGGCCUUUCUCACUGCAAAUACAAAGAUGACUACUUUGUGACCGCCGACCAACUAUGGGUUCCACUACGCUGGGUAGCCCCUGAAUUGAUUGAUGAAGUCCAUGGCAACCUGCUGAUCGUAGACCAGACUAAGACUAGCAACAUCUGGUCUUUGGGUGUGACUAUCUGGGAGCUGUUUGAGCUGGGUGGCCAGCCCUACUGUCAUUAUUCCGAUCGGCAAGUCCUCACUUACGCUAUCAGAGAGCAGCAGCUUAAACUUCCCAAACCACAGCUUCCACUCUCGCUAUCUGAUCGCUGGUAUGAGGUUAUGCAGUUUUGCUGGCUUCAGCCAGAGCAGCGCCCCACCGCAGAGGAGGUGCACCUUUUGCUCUCUUACCUGUGUGCCAAGGGGGCUUCCGAAGCAGAGGAGGACUUUGAGAAGCGCUGGAAUUCCAUGAAACCCGGAGGCACUGGCGGUUCAGGCUCUGGAUCUAACCACAUGGGUUUGGAGCUUUCCUCCUUCCCUCUUCUGGAGCAUUUCUCCAACGAUGGUGACGAUGUUCUCACUGUGAUGGAGACAAGCCAUGGCCUCAACUUUGAAUACAAGUGGGACCAAGGGAAAGCUGAACAUCUCCCAGCCUCCGCCAUGAGCCCUGGUGGGGCUGCACGCUACCAUGAGCUCUACUAUUCGGCGAGCAGCAGCAGUGGAGGUGGGCACCUCAGCCUGGGGGUGUCCCCCUCUUGCUAUGAAUGUAAAAUGCAGGGGUGCCCUGGUUUGCACACACCAGGGGUGGUCCCCGUGCUGAGUGCCCAUAGCCCCUCUUUGAACAGUGAGUACUAUAUUCGCAUUGAAGAGGUGGCAUCUGAAGGCAGUGGGAAUGACCUUGAUUACACCGUGUGUUCCUACAGCCCUGAGUUUAGCCAUUCUUCACGCUGGCAAACCAAGGAGGACCACUAUGAAUCCAACAAUAGUCCCACCAUCUCCCUCACCAUGGAACCCCUCCUGGGCCAAUCAGCACACCCCGAAAGCCACUGGGAACCCUCUGACUAUUACUCCUAUGGAGAACAAGACAGUAAAGAGGCCCCAUACUAUGAGGACUCCCUGAAGGACAGUGCUGAGGAAUACCUGCUCAAGGAUCCCAGUGCUUCUGAGUGGCCUGGUCUAGUUUUGCAGAAAAGCAUUUUUGCUGAUCCACUUGGUGUGUCGCCAUCAGAGAAUUACACCUGCGAGGAGGCUCCAUCGGACUCAGUCAUUCUGGAAGUGGCAGAGGAGGAGCGCUUGAGUGGUAGUCCUAGGAGCGAAAGAAAUGAAAGCUCCGAAUCCCCCUCUUCAGGCAAGCCUUGGACAUCCAAUACUUCAGUCAAAAACGAUAACGAUCACCUACUGCCAUCGUGUGAACCCCUUGCCAAAGAUAGCUGGUGCUACCGGCAUAUGAUCACCUUCCAGGGGCUAAUGGCACAGCCACUGGACACAGUGCCACGGGAUGAGCCAACAUUAGGGAUCAAAGAUCUGCGAACAGCUCUGCUAGGUGGGGAACACAUGACAUCAUCAUCUCACAUAGGCUCCCCAUGUCCAGAUAGCGAUUUGCCUGCAGAGGAAAACGUCUCAGUUGAAAGUGCUACAUUGCCUGACAUGGAAAGCUCUAUAGAUCCCUUGAUAGACAGCAGAGUGGAGAGCCCACAAGCCAUCACUCUACCAUCAGGGGAAGACGUUUUGAUGGGUCUGUCGUCAGCACCAUCGCUGUUACCUUCCAAGGAAGAAGCUGCCAGCAGCAUGGAGGCUAUAGAUCCAACUCUGCUGGAUGAAUCAAUAGCUGAGGUGUCAAACAUAGAAGAAGACCCUAUGGAAGAGACCUCCACUGGAUGCUCACCUAAGUUGCCACAGGAGAUCAAUAUAGAAAGUGGCAAGGACACCAGAAGCGAACAAGAUAGAACACCAGACAAGACUGUUUCCAGUACCAGUUUCCCUGACUUGGAUGAGGCCAGUGAUGAGGACUCCACUGAUCUUACAUCUGGAGUUUUUAUUGACUUCCCAAUUGACUGUCUUGAGCAGCAAGAUGUAAUCCCUGCUUUCAAAACCUUACAGAAACAAGUAGAGACCCCAGAUUCACUAGAUUCAUUGGAUAUCCCCUCUACCACCAGCUCCUGUGACGCGUUCAGUCCCAUAGCUUAUAUAUCCUCGAGCCAGCCUAAGGCUCUGGAUAGUGGCUAUGAUACAGAGAACUAUGAGUCGCCUGAAUUUGUCCUCAGGGAACCUCAUGAGUCACGGGAAUCUGAAGGUUCUGAGAAGCUGGGAACAUCUGAAGAUGAUAAGGACGAUCAAGUCAAAGAGCAGAGUCUUUCUGAUUCUUUUACUGAUGAGCUGCAGGCCUUGAAUGAGAAGAAUCCUUACCGUGACUCCGCGUAUUUCUCUGACUAUGAUACUGAAGGUGGCACUCGGGAGGAUGGCGAAGAGGACAGUGAUGCUUCUGAGGAACAUGAACUGGGAGUCUCCCAGUCACACACCAAAGAACUGAAGGGAAACUCUGAACCAAUUGGCAGGACAGGUGAACCUCUGCCAGCUGGUCCUGAGCCCAUUUGUCCACAUGAAGACUGUGUGGGUUGCCUCUCUCCAGGAGCAGAGGACCAAGACACGGGGAAAGACAGAGAUAUUAGCCCGUCACAGGAACUGUUGAUGAAUGAAGCAGCUCUUGAUAAGUUGGAUUCAAACUUAUUUCAGGAUAAGAACAAUGGGAUCGUUGUGCAAUCCCAGACACCAGCCCCACUCACCAGAUCUUUUGUCUUGUCUCCUGUGGUCACCAAUCUAGAGGAACCCACCAUAGGUGGUGAAGAAAAUGAGGUAAAGGAUACAGGACAGGAGAAUGUGGCAAAGAACGCUGAGCAACCUGAGGAAAGACAGGCAAUUGGCCAUCCCAAAGGACUUCAGAGCAACCCUGGUCUCUCACUCAAACUGUCAGUAGUGCCAUCCCAGCUCUUAUGUAGCCCCACUGAUCUUGAAGAGGAAGAAGAUGACACUGAGGACAGUGAUGAGUCAGAUGAGGAGCUGCGGUGCUACAACAUUCAGGACCAGAGUGAGGAAAGUGAGGAGGAAUCGCCUGCUGUGCCCAUUGUAGUGGCUGAGAGCCACAGUGCCCGUAACCUGCGCAGUCUGCUUAAGAUGCCCAGCCUAGUGGUGGAGACCUUUUGUGAUGACCUGGAGCGCAAGAAGAAAGCUGUUUCCUUCAUCGAAGAUGUUACUGUCUACCUCUUUGACCAGGAAAGUCCCACAAAGGAGCUUGCAGAACAGCCUUUCCCAGGAGUGACAGAAGCUUCACCAACGCCACCUGGGCAGGUGGAGAGCAAAGGUCCUCCAGGCUUAACAGAUGAGAUAAAGGCACCCAACAGCACCUCAGAAGGGAGCUCCUCUGAAGAGAAUAAAAGUGGUGGCUUUGGAUGGGACGAUGACUUUUCCCUCAUACCCGUGAAAUCACCUGUCCUGCCCGCAUUGACCUCAGAGGCACCUGAGGACAGUCUCCCCAGACUGUCCCCCACACUAGUAGCUGCUCAGAAGCAAGUGCUCCCCAUCCAGUUUUCACGCUUCACAGUCUCACCUGCUGCAGUAUCACGGUUCUCCAUCACACACGUCACUGAUUCAAAGGUUGAGCCUGUAGGAGGCAACAGUGAAAAUGGCAACAGAGAGUGAACUUGGCUAUCGCUCCCUUUUGGACUUCCUACUUUGCCCCCACGGCACAGUUUCUGCACCAGGGGACAUGAGCACGGAUGAGGCCCAGGAGCUGGCUGGAGCAGAACUCUGCAGGGCCUCAUUCAGAUAUUAUUGGACAGAUUUUGACUGCCGCUGGGCUGGAGCCACCUUACCACGAGGUGGUUUGCGAUGGUUGUGCAAAACAUGAGUGUGUGUGUGUGUGUGUGUGUGUGUGUGUGCAUGCGUGCGCACACACCCGGGAAAGCGUUUGUGUACAAAUAGACACAUAUAGACAUAUAGAACCUAUAGCAUUUAAAGGGUAGAUCUGUGACCUUGCUAACAUCGCCACAUAAGCCAUUGUAAUAUUCCUAGCUCAUGCCUCUUGAUGUUCUGACCCACACUGGCUUCCCCAGUUGGGGCACCGCCCUGAGACAUCCUCCCUCUGCCUGUUCUGUGAGCUUAUCGUGUCUUCUUUCCACACCCCAUAGGGGAUUUUGAGAGCGAGAGAGCACGUAGCCUUGCGCCUUGUGCCAUUCCGACAUGCUUCAGGUGGAUCCUCAAGCAAUGGUACUUGUGUCUUGCCACAGGGGGCAAGCUCUCCUUGUCCUUCCUUCAGUGUGCUGUGUCCAAAUAUCAGGUGGAGUUGACGGUCCAGAGGACGCCAAUCAAUUACCAGAAGAGCCAGAGACAAGUGUAGGCCAAACACCUGAAAACAGGUAGGGGAGCCAGCUGAAGUGAAGGUCACAUUUAAAGUCUUGAGCAGCGAAGACUCCUGGUCUCGGCAGCCAUUUCCCCCCUUUUUGCUUAUGUUCUUCACUGACCCUGGGUUGCUGUCGCUCAGCUGCAUCAUGGUUGCGGAACUCAAAAUUGUCCCCCCCUCCUUUUGAGAAUCAUGGUCUGGUCCCAGGUGUUCAGUUCUACCGAAGACUUUGCCUUCUGUCAUGGGCAGGAUCAAUAUGAGCAGCCUGGGAGGGGGUGUCUGGAUGGCCUUCAGCACUUCCCAUUUCUCCUCCUUAGCCUUGAGCGAGCAGCCUGAAUCCCAGGAGGUGAAAUGGGGAGUACAGGAACUAAAAAAACAAACAAACUUACUUAAAUGUUUUGUUAAAUGUGGUGCUGAGACCUACCAUCCGUUCUCUACUACAGCAUUAUUUGGGGAGUGCCUCCUAGAGAGCCACGAUGUGACUUGCUGGGAAUGUGAGAGGAAUACCAAGUCUUAGGGAUGGGGGUUUUGUUUUUUUCCCCAAACUUCGUCACCCUUCAGCUGUAGGAAGAAAUGCCCAGCCAGACGCAUAGCAAAAGCAGAUCAAACUGCCACUGAGACUAUUUUUGUACAAAGUUUACCCACCUGCCCUAACAGAGUGGCAGAUUUAAGUUAUUGUUGCCAAAGAGAUGUAAAGAGUUAACUUUUACCAAGGCAUCUUGGGUGAGGGUGGGGGGGACAGCUGGGGGAAGAAGGAAAAUAAUAGCUUUGGGAUGAUUUUGUUUGUUAGAUUUUGAUUAGUUCAAGAUUUAGGAUAAUUGUGCAAUGUGGACGGUGGGGUAAAAUGGAAAUGAGUCAGAGGCAUCUUGCACUUAGGAGUUGUGGCUUAUGGGGACUAUAGACCAGUCACUGGCUUUGGAAAUUGGGUGGUAAACAGACAAGAGCAAAAGGCAGCUGGUACCUACUGGGCCAUUUCCUCACAGAAUCAGGGGAAACACCUAGAAAGAGACCCCACAGAGCUGCAGAAUGUCUGUGCGUUGUGCUUCAUUGUGCUUCCAGUUUGGAGUAUGUUGUGACUAAAGGUGGCAAGCUUGGCACUGGUACUGAUGCCCGGUUCUGGUUCAUGAGCACAGCUUUCAUUUUCAUAGUAUACACAGCCAUAGCCAUGCACGAGGCAAUGAUUCAUCAUCCCUCCAUUAGGCAGCGUUUAGGUGAUAGUGACAGCCAGGUUUUAUUUUUUGGCUUACUUUCUCCUGCUACUCACAUCAGUUCCAGCCAGCUGGAGAAGUGUUUCAAAAGGUGCAGUUCUAAGUAUAGAUUUAGUGGAGCAAGACAUCUUUAAAAUGCUGCAUGCUUUCAGCCGGUUAUGUUUUCUUCCUCCAGAGUCAGAAUUCUUUCUAUGUCUGACAUUUCUUGCUAAGACCCUUCUGGGAGUUCUGCUUUCUUUGUUCAAAGAGGUAUUGGGUGUGAAAGGUUACCAGGAUCUGUUCACAGCCUUCUUGGGUGGUGGAGACUUAUAUGCCUUUUGCUCCACUCCUUCUGAAGCCCACCAUGAGCAACACAGAUGCCCAUGUCUCAUUUCACCUGAUGCUGGUUGAUGAACCCAAAUGAAUAAUACUUGUCCUUCCUUGGACUACCAUAUACUUCCUUAGCAUGAUCAGAACACAACAGCCUGCUUGUUGGUUUAGGGCAGGGCUCUCCAACCUUGGCAAUUUGAAGACUUGUGGACUUCAACUCCCAAAAUUGGGAAUUCUGGGAGUUCAAAUCCACAACGCUUCAAGUUGCCAAGGUUGGAGAGCCCUGGCUUAGGGCACUCUUAUUUGCUUUUUUUGGAGAGCUCCUGAACCAGAGGAGACCCUGAGAAAACGAGUGCCAGGCUCCAGUAUGGAGCUGUAUUUAGAGACAGGAUUCCUGUUUCUUCUUGUUCCCCCCCACCCUCUUUUUGUUGUUGUUGUGGUUGAAGUACUGGUUUAAUUUUGCUGCCAACUUGAGAAGGAGGCAACACUGGAGCCAUGAGAACCUACACCAGCAGCUAUUGAACCCAGAAGUCAAGGAGAGCUGAAGGAAACCUUUGUAUACUUUGCUGUCUGCAUUUUGCCCAUUAACAUCAAAAGAGAGAUACGAUGAACUGUGCACCUUCCAAAAUUUCAAUCCAAGUAAAUCCUUCUGCCCAAUGGAAUGUGUGCAAACUAUAGAUGUUUUCUAGAGAAGGUGUCAUUUAUUGGCCUCUAUGGCUGAGUGCACUUUCAAAAUAUUUCACUGUCACAAAUCAAUUUGAGAGCAGCUGGGAUGUAUGCCAUAACACAGCUUUAGUGGAACUCUCCCUUUCCCCCCCUCACUGGGUGCCAAGCACAUCAGCAUCGUCUGGAAAUGGAAUCUGGUGGUCUACAUUUCCCAUCCACUCUCCAUCCUCUGCAAACCAAAAUGGUGGUUAUAUAAUUCUCUUGAGCAUUCGAAGACUGGAGCUUGGAUUAUUUAGGACAGGCUGGAUGAGGAACAGACAGGUUCUUGGCCUCUUGAUAAUGAAAUUGACUAAUGAAUAAAAAUGUACUGGAGCCCAAGGUAAUUCUUCAGACAUAUAGCUCACUAACAACCACUUUUAUGGGGUGGUGGUAGAGGUAAAUAUCUUGGUCAGAAAUAAUGUAGCCAUUGAAAUUCCUAACUAGACAAAGAUUAAAUAAUGAAUGAAAUUCUUGAUUUUCUGCAAUAUACCUAGUGUUCUAUUUCCUUCCCCAGGCUAGUUUAGAAGAAUCCACAGGUGUUUUGGAAUACCAGGCUUGUAAUAAAUCCCAAACUGCAUCUAAGACUGCUAUUACCAUCCUUAUCUGAGCAGCUUUUAUAUUGCCCUCUAUAGAACUGCAACUUGUUAAAAAUGCAGCCAGCUGCAUUUUCCAAUGGGAUUCAUCCCAUUGGAAGUCCCUUUCCCAAGCUCCCAAAGUAAAAAAGGGAGAUAUUGUUAUAAUUGAUUCCUUCCUUUCUUUACAUUCUCAGAUCUGUUUUUAGAACCUGGAAUAAGAAGAGUUGAGGACUUAAUAGGCAGGGGCAUAAAGGCUGGACCCACCCAUGGGAGGAAUCUUUGCUUGCUCAUUUUAUACAGAGCAUCUCUAUGAUGCUGUCACAGCCCACUCACCUCGGCUCUUUUUUCCUGUUUCUUCCAUUGCUGUUUGAAUUUUAUAAACAUCACAAGUGUAAGUGAACUUCAACUUUUUAAUGGCUUUGACAUGUGCUGUCUGCUGCACUAAUCUGUUAGGCACCAUGCUAUUCACUCUUAUAGAUGGAUACAUGAAAAAUUGCACUAAAAUGCACUUUCCCUGAAAAUGAAUAAACAUUUUAGCAAUAACUUGAAAUAAAAAGCACUUUACUCCCAACUUUUAAAAAGACUAAAGGGGGAGGCUGCAUUUUUGUUCUCCUAUCCAUAUAGCUUUAUGUCUAUGUCCUUCCUUGUGUAUGUGAAAUAUUGUAGAAUGUGCAUAGGCUGAUUAAGUAGGAUACCAGUCAAAGGGUGGUUUACUUUUUCUCCCUUCAGGCAUUUUACUGACUGCAUCAGAAAUUGCAAACUAGUUGUUGUUUUUUUAAGCUGAUCUUCUGUUUGAAAUGGAUCAAGUUGAGAGCUCUACCUGAAUUCAAAUCCAGAUAAAACUCUCCUUCAGAUUGUGUCUAUGGUCAAAGAAAAACAUGUGAUGUAGGCCUAGCCCUUUAUUUACACAGUAGUGUUUCCCAACCUUAGCACAAUUGUAAAAUGUGUGAACUUUGACUCCCAGAAUCCCCAGCUAGUGUUGCUGGUUGGGGAUUUGGGGGAGUUGAAGUCCACACAUUUUAAAGGAGCUAAGGUUGAGAAACACUGCACUACAACAUGUAGCUUUCCAUCCAUUGAGCUGAGCAUCUAAAAAAAAGGUCUUACCUAAGGUAUUUUUGUGUGUAGCAACAAUUGAUUAGUACCUGAAGCCUCCAGUCUGAGGGUACUCUGUGCAUUUGGGAACAUUGUUCUCAUAAUUCUGCAUACUUCCCAUCAGUUCAUCUUACACACCUGGCAAACCAGUAGAAUGUUAUUGCCAAAUGGAGAACUCUAUUCCGUGUUUGGGGAAUGUAACUGAUAUCCGUCUGGGCUGAUGUAACUGGUGAAAAAUGCCUCUGCCCCCACUCCCAGAGGUGAGGGAAUCCUAGGUCUUAACAGAUACUGUCAUUCCAACUGCAUUUGGAUGUCAAAAGCUAUCUUGUAGGUGCAAGGAUAAGCCUAAAUAUACUUCUGCAAUACCUGAUAAAACUGAAGACAGAGCAGUAGCACCUUUGUUAAGAUUUCCAGUGGCUAUUUCUGCCUUGAAAUAAUGGGCAUGUUCUGAACAUGCCAAUUAACACACCUUUACAAUCAGUUUGUAUUAUAUUCAAAUCAAGCAGAUAUUUACGGGGCAUGUAUAGUUUAGGCUUCCCUGAUACUCUGAGGAAUGCAAAAGACUCAUUAAUCCUCAUUGUUCUGCGAUUUGUUGUUUCCCCUUUUGGCAUACUCGGCCUAUUAUUUCUUAGCCUUGGUUUUUCCCCUCUGCAGCACCAUUAAUUAAUGCUGAACUGGAAUAAUUUGUGGAUGGCAAACAAGGCUGUACUACAUAACAGCCAAGAUAGCUUGGGAGGGUAAGUGGGUUAGGAUGCUCAUGACCAAAUAUCCAUUAUCUCUACUGGAAUGGCCCAGAAUGAUCUGGUCAUGCUAUAGUAUUUGCUAGGUAAAUACACACACCCACUCUCUUUAAAAUAAAUAUGAAAAAGUGCAUCCUGCAAGCUUCAGACCAACCCCACCCAUCACUUGCUUGGGAGCCUUCUAAGCUCCAUCAGAACAAAUGGAUCAGCAGUGGGGUCCUACCUGUUCCACCACUGGUUUGUUGAUCGCAUGCCCGCAGCUUUCCACACACCAGCUGAGACCUACAGUGCCAAUCAGAUGAGAGGAUAAAGAAGAGAAAAGUGCAGGGGCAGGUAGGAAGGCCGAUCCUGCCCUUUUCUCUGCUUUCUCGCCCUAAUCACCUGAGGCUUUUUUCCCCUUCCUCUCAGCUAAUCCUCAGAGGCUUUUUUUUUUUUUUUACUACUGGUUCAGGUGAACCGGUGAGAACCGGUAGCAUACCACCACUGAAAUGGAUCCAACCUCCCAACCUGGACCCCCUUUGGUUCCUAGUCCCACUCACUUUUAGAAAAUAGCUCUCAGCAUGCCACACGAUGCCUGGAGCUUCUGAAAAAAAGCUGUGCACCUCAGCUUCAGAAUAACGUGGAUAACAAGGGAAUCUCCUCCCAAUUCAUGAGUGUGAUGAAGAGGAAGGAGGACUGGGAUUCUGUUUUUGAAGUGUUCUAGUAUCUGAAAGAGCCAACGCCAAAGACCAAGAGAGGCAGGAGGAGAAAUCUGACCUAGAGUUUUAACAUCCAUUUCUGAACUCAAGAGAGGGAGAAUGUAUGGCAGGGGGCUGUGAUUUGGACAAUAUGGAUCUUUCUUGACUAAAAAACUAUGGUCAGGCAGUGGUCCAUACAUGUGUGGUGGGGCUUGGAAAAAAAUAUGAAGCCCAUAUGCCAAUCUUAUUUUUUCUAUAAUAUAUAGAAAGUGAAUUUUGCAAAGUAUAGGUAUGCAAGUUGCAGGAUUCACACAAGUACGGGACUUAGAUUUAUUUCAAAGAGUGCAAAACACCCUGUGGUCUGAGAACAAUUAACCAGUGGAAUGGCUUACUUCCAGAAGUUCUGGGUGCUCCAUAACAGAAGGUUUUUAAGAAGAGACUGGGCAGCCAUUUGUCUGGAAUGGCAUAGGGUUUCUUGCUUGAGUAGUAGGGGGUUGGACUAGAAGAUCUCCAGGGUCCCUUCCAGCUCUUAUUUUCUAUUCUGUAUUCUGCUACUGUGGUGAACAAGAGACUAGAGCAUAAGAUGCAUUUAAGAAAAGAGUAAUAAGCAAAUGUGGCUUAGUAGAUCUUAAAUCUUCAAAGCCCAAAGAGACAAUCCUCCCUCCCUUUUUGCAACAUAUCUUAACUUGCCACAAAUUAGACUUUUACUACAAGAGACUCUUCUAAACAGGUGUGUGUGUAAGUGCAUAGAGACCAAGCAG